AGGUUUGACAGUAGUUGUCCGGCAGCACCGAGUGAGCGCACACGUCGCUCUCUCCACUACAUCGCACCACUGCGGUAGGAGCGCGGAGGCAGCAGCAGAGGAGUGCCCGGCAGGCACAGUCCACUUGUUCCUGCAGGACAAAAUCCAGGUGGCGAGUCUCUCACUCUGUCUCUCUGUGUCUCCCUCUCUGCCGACUUUAUCACAGCGCAAGACUUUACCUGAGAGGACAUAGUCAUAUAGCAACAGCUCUCAGGGUAACCCUCACAGUCCAGCCGGAGCAAAGGAAGGAGAAGUUUGGGCUAUUGCCACGCGAUUUUACCCACAGCUCCGUAACCUUGGAAGUCGGACCUGAUUAUUGUGAGAGGAUGGGACCGCUACUCCUUUCCGUCGCCCUGUGCUUGAGCGCCGCUGUCCCACAGCGUGUGAAAGCAGCAGAUGGUGAGGAACCAACUUCAGCAGGUCCUUGCCAUCCAAACCCAUGCCACAACAGAGGAACGUGUGAGAUCAGUGAGACCUACAGGGGUGAUACCUUCAUUGGUUAUGUGUGCAAGUGUCUACCAGGUUUCAGUGGAGUUCACUGCCAACACAAUAUUAACGAAUGCGAAAGGGACCCGUGUAAGAAUGGGGGCAUUUGCACAGAUCUGGUUGCCAACUAUUCCUGUGAAUGUCCAGGAGAAUACAUGGGGAGGAACUGUCAAUACAAAUGCUCUGGCCCACUGGGCAUGGAGGGCGGUAUAAUCUCCAACCAACAGAUAACGGCCUCUUCUACCCACCGUGCUCUCUUUGGCCUACAGAAGUGGUACCCGUACUUUGCAAGGCUCAACAAGAAGGGCCUGGUCAAUGCCUGGACUGCAGCCGAAAAUGACAGAUGGCCAUGGAUCCAGAUAAACCUGCAGAGGAGAAUGAGGGUCACGGGCCUAAUUACCCAGGGUGCAAAGCGUAUCGGCAGCCCAGAGUACGUCAAGUCUUACAAAGUAGCCUACAGUGAUGACGGGAAGACCUGGAGAACAUACAAAGUCAAGGGCAAAGAUGAGGAUAUGAUUUUCAGAGGAAAUGUCGAUAACAACGCUCCAUCAGCCAACUCCUUCACCCCUCCCAUUGAAGCCCAGUACGUGCGCAUUUACCCCCAAGUCUGCAGGAGGCACUGUACUUUACGCAUGGAGCUGCUCGGUUGUGAGCUAACAGGUUGUUCUGAACCACUGGGUAUGAAGUCAGGCCAUAUCCAGGACUAUCAGGUCACAGCCUCCAGCAUCUUCAGGACGCUCAACAUGGACAUGUUCACUUGGGAGCCUGGGAAAGCCCGUUUAGACAAGCAGGGCAAGGUCAACGCUUGGACAGCUGGUCAUAGUGACCAGUCGCAGUGGCUACAGGUGGACUUGCUUGUGCCAACCAAGGUGACAGGUAUCAUCACCCAGGGAGCGAAAGACUUCGGCCAUGUCCAGUUUGUUGGCUCAUAUAAAGUCGCUUUCAGUAAUGAUGGAGAGCAGUGGAAUGUAUAUCAAGAUGAGAAGCAGGGGAAGGACAAGGUAUUCCAAGGGAACUUUGACAACGACACGCACAGAAAGAACGUGAUAGACCCGCCUAUCUACGCUCGGUUCAUUCGGAUCCUUCCCUGGUCGUGGUACGGCAGGAUCACUUUGCGUGUAGAAAUACUCGGAUGCACAGAGGAAGAGUAAACCCUUUCCUUCAUCUUUCUGCCCAUCGCCCCUUGUCCCUUGGCAUACUGGAGUGUCUCACAAAGUACUUCAGAAAUAAACUGUGCAACCUGUAAAAAGAAAUUGAUUUCCAAUGGAUUUUUCAAGAGUAUGCGUUGGUUGUGAUGGGUUGCUGUUUGUUCUUUUGUACAAUGAUUUAAAACCUGCCCCUGCCCCAGUUUGUCCUUUUGUUUUUCCUAUUUAAAGCGUAAUCUUUGUCUUUUUAUUCCUCUCAAGAUUUGCCAUCCUGUUUGGAAUGAACUUCUAUAAUAUAUAUAUAUGGGAGGGGUGGGUUUGGGGGUGGUGUCAGAAAGGGAGUCUCCCUGUGGUUUUAACUUGUUGCCAUAGAAGCUAUUGUACAGUGUCACUUUUUAACAAAUGUGUGAAAUCUGUCUGUUGUGCUUCAUUGGACAUGAUUAACCAGCUUCAUGCCAUAACUAAACUGUCUAAAUUAUCAUGUAGAUGACAUGUUAUCUCAUCAUCAAAUGUGUUUUUACUUUGAAUACAGCACCUCCUCAAGCCAUGCCUUUUCCCUAAUGGACACUGGCAUUACAGCAUCAAUCAAAACACUGCUAAAGCUCUUGUAUUAUAUGUAAAAGACUAAGAAAUUGCAUGGUGCGUGAAUUAUAAAUAUAUAUUAUGAGAAAUCAUUUAAAACCUCCAGCCCUGAAAGCAAAUGGAUUUGAUUUAGAGACCUAUUUUUAUGUGCAUUUUUAAAUAGUUCUGAAACAUUACAACACACUGCAAAAGCUUAAUAAAGAUGACUGAUAUGUGAGACAAAAAGCAAGCGCUGCAGUUUAAAGUGGUACUGCAGCACUGACACUGAGGCUUAUAAGGUUGUAUGUAGUUGAAAUGUUAGCUCACUUUUUUAUUUUAACAUUCGAUUAUUGCUAGAUGUAAGAUUAUUUGCUAUUAUUGUUUGUGUGCCAUUUUGUAUUUAUUUUAUUUUAAUGUCCUCGUGUUGUCUUGGAGAUCUAAGUCAAAUCAAUUAAAAAAGCUCAGGAUAGAUGUUAUCCAUAUUAACCCACAGUGCAUAUUUUUGGCCUCCUAGUUGAAGAUUUCUGUGUUAUUAUUUAAAGAAAAUACCACAUGAGUGAAAGCAAUUAUUGAAAUCAUCCAUAUAUGCAUAACUCAAAUGUUGAAAGCAGUUUCUUAAUAUCCUUAAUUUCUUUGACUUGAUAAGUGAAAACCUUUAAUUAAUUUCCUCAUUUUCAAAAGACAGGAAAAUUGCUCAUAUUACUAUCAUCAUCUCAGACCUACAAUGACCAUAGUGACAGAACAGAGCUCUAAAUUAAUUAUGGAAAUUGAUUUUUUUUUUUUCAGUUUAAGCUUUUAUUAAAAUACUGGAUUAAAGUAUAGGAAUUACAUUUUAAAAUGCUUGUAUGUGUUUCCACAGUUGCUCUCUGCAUGUUCAAAUGGUUGCAGGUUGCUAAACAUAUUUAAAGACUUGCAGUUUUUACUGUAUGGCUUCUUUUGUUGGCUACAUCUGCAGUAAAUGAACAGCAAUGUUUAGGCAGUUAAAUAAAUGGAAGCAAAUGAAUCCUGAGGUAUUGUAGUAGUGUCAGAGCUUGUGGGCCUGUAUUGGACCUGGAUUGCUCUAGGGUUUUCCACUGUUGGCUAGUUUUUCCAAAGCUCUCUAGUGCAACAAUAAAAUCCAAAAGGAGCCACUUCCACUUUUAUACUUCAUGUUUCACUUGAGCCUUGUCAGCUUUCAGGCCCAUAACAAAGCCUUCGUUUUAUAUUUUCAGAAUCUAGUUCUGAAAAAGAAAGUGAGAAAUUUACAAGAAUACUGUACUGAAAUAACUGCAUCAGCCUUUAACAGAUAUUUUGAUGGCAUGACAAGAUUGGAAGUAUAAGGCUGGCAUGAAUGAAUAAAAAUAAAAAUCCUCGUCUAACAUUUUUUUUAACUUAAUUCUGCAAUGCGAAAUGAUGAAAAGUACAGAAAGACAUCAUGAAUGCUUCUAGACAAAAGGUAAAAAGUCUGAAAUUUAAAAAAAA